AUGAAAUUAUCGGAGAAAAUUAAGAGAGAAUGGGAAAAUGAGGAGAAUGUUGAAGAGAAGAUAUGUGGUGAUGAAAAUUUUCUAUGCUCACAAUUUGAUAAUGAAGAGAUUAAGGGAAUUCAGGUCCCGAGAUAUGUUGUUGAAGCAAUCAAUGGAUAUUUAGUAAAAGAAUCACUUAUCGUUUGGGUUAGAAAAUGUGAUGCGAGCCUAGAAGAUUUAUUUCAUAUUUUCAUGGAGUAUUUCGAGCGAAAGUUAUUGGACUUUGAAUUAGUUACAAUUAGCCAAUUAAUUCAAAAACAGAUAAAAAGGCCAAAUACGAAAAUGCUGGCCUUAGGAAAUAGUAUCAUAGCUGUUGAGAAAGAGAAAACUACAGUUGAACACACUAUCAUUACUAAAUCUGCUAGGGCAAUAGUAGUGAUGGAGAAUGGCGACAGUAGUGGUCGACGUCAAGUAAUGAUGUGGGAUAAUUUAGACCAUAAUAGCGUUUUUGUUAAUGAGUGA